AUGGCCUUACAUAUCCCAAAAGCUCCGGGAGUUCCGCAAAUGUUGAAAGAUGGAGCACGGAUGUUCUCUGGUCUUGAAGAAGCCGUCUACCGAAACAUUAACGCUUGCAAACAGUUCGCCCAAAGUGUGAGAUCUGCUUACGGGCCAAAUGGCAUGAAUAAAAUGAUAAUAAAUCAUAUAGAAAAGCAGUUUGUGACUAGCGAUGCGGGUACAAUUAUCCGCGAACUUGAUGUUGAACAUCCUGCUGCAAAACUGAUGGUUUUAGCCAGUCAAAUGCAAGAUUCAGAAGUUGGUGAUGGCACAAACUUUGUUAUUGUUAUGUCUGGUGCCUUAUUAGAAGCUGCGGAGGAACUCCUGCGUUUAGGCGUUACCACAAGUGAAAUAGCCGAUGGAUAUGAGCGGGCGCUUGAUAAAUGCUUAGAAAUAUUGCCAGAGCUUGUAUGUUAUGAAAUUAAAGAUUGCAAGAACUUUGAUGAUGUAGCAAGGGGUGUCAAGCCAUCGAUCAUGUCAAAACAGUAUGGUAAUGAAGAUUUUAUAUCUGCUCUCGUGGCUAAGGCGUGCAUUGGUAUACUACCAGAGAAGACAACAUUCAAUGUUGACAAUGUUAGGAUCUGUAAGAUUCUCGGGGCUGGUCUUCUGCAAUCAGAGGUAUUGUCAGGAAUGGUCUUUAAACGCGAAGUGGAGGGUGAUAUAAGUCAUAUAACCGAAGCAAAAGUUGCGGUCUACUCCUGCCCUGUUGAUAUUACACAAACUGAAACUAAAGGAACUGUUUUAAUCAAGUCAGCUGAUGAGCUCUUAAACUUCAGCAAGGGAGAGGAAUCUCUGCUUGAAAAGCAGAUCAAAGACAUUGCUGAUGCUGGAGUGAAGGUGGUUGUAGCUGGUGCUAAGUUUGGAGAUAUGGCCUUACACUAUCUCAAUAAGUUUGGAGUGAUGGCAGUUCGUCUUAAUUCCAAAUUUGACUUACGACGUGUCGCUAGAACUGUUAAUGCUACGGUUUUACCAAGGCUCACAACACCAACCGCUGAAGAAUUAGGAUACUGCGACACAGUUCAUGUUGAUGAACUGGGAGACACAAGAGUUGUUGUCUUCAGCAUGAACAGCGUAGAAUCACGCAUGUCCACUGUGGUUAUCCGUGGUUCCACAGACAACUACAUGGAUGAUAUUGAGAGAGCUAUUGAUGAUGGAGUUAACACAUUCAAGGGAAUUGCUAGAGAUGGAAGGUUCGUCGCGGGCGCAGGGGCGACAGAAAUAGAGCUAGCUCAAAAGCUUUUGCAAUACGCGGACACGUUACCCGGCUUAGAGCAAUAUGCUGUUCGAAAAUUUGCGGUAGCUCUGGAAGCUAUACCGCGGGCGCUAGCUGAUAACUCUGGUGCGAAUGCCACAGAAGUCGUCAAUAACAUCUACAACGCUCACCGGGAGAAUCAAAAAUUCGCGGGCUUUGACAUCGACACUGAAAACAACGGCGUCUGCGACGCUAAGGAAAAAGGCGUACUCGACUUAUACCUCUUGAAGUACUGGGGACUGAAAUACGCAGUCGGAGCUGCAACAACCAUCCUCAAAGUGGACCAGAUAAUUAUGGCGAAGCGAGCCGGCGGUCCCAAGCCAAAAGCGCCAGCGGGAAGUGAUGACGAAUCAUAA